AUGGCUGAUACUAAGAAAAGUGUCCUCAUUAUUGGCGGCGGCGCAGUCGGUGCCAUUGCAGCCGUCAACCUCGAAGUCGGCGGUCUCGCAACGGUGACCGUGGUGCUGCGAUCCAACUACAACGUCGUCAAAGACCAAGGAUACACAAUCGAGAGCUGCGAUCAUGGAAAAUUGGACGAAUGGAGACCUAGCGUUGUCCGCAACACCAUCCCCAACCUUACCGAAGAAGACCUCCCACCAUACGACUACGUCGUACUCUGCACCAAAAACAUCCCCGACGUCUCCCCCACCGCCGUCGACCUAAUCACGCCGGCCCUGCCCAAGAACAGCAACAAAACCACUCUAAUCCUCCUGCAAAAUGGCCUCAACAUCGAAAAGCCAUUCUUGCGCCCGCAUCCCAACAUCCCCAUUCUCUCCGCUAUCUCCAUGAUCGGCAGCGCGGAACCCUCACCGGGCCACAUCGUCCAAGACGAAGGCGACAGGCUUCUCAUCGGCGCGUUUCCCACUUCGAACAUCAACCCUGCUGUACCGGAACGUCGGGCGGAGGAGUUCGUGGAGUUGUAUGGGAAAGGAGGGAAGACGAAUUGUCAGUACUCGCCUAAUGUUUUGCAUGAUAGGUGGAAGAAGCUGGUGUUCAAUGCUUGUCUGAACCCCAUCUGCGCGAUUACGGGACUGGAUGAUGGGCGGCUAAGACUUGCUGAUGGGGCGUUGGAUGGCCUUGUUAGACCGGCUAUGCGCGAGAUUGUUGCGGCUGCGAAGGCGGUUUGUGGUGUUGAGUUGGCGGAGGAUGUGGUUGAGGCGACCAUUCAUCUUGAUCCGUUGGAGAGCUAUUUGAAGCCGAGUAUGCAGCAGGAUGUGGAGAAGGGCAACUUUAUCGAGUUUGAGAAUCUGCUGGGCGAGCCGUUGAGAGCGGGAAAAGAUGCUGGUGUUGCUAUGCCGACGUUGGAGGUGCUAUAUCAGCUUGCGAGGGCGAUUCAAUGGCGGAUGAAAGAGACUAGAGGACUUGUCGAGGUGCCGAAGAAGAAGUAG